GUGAGUUAAUGGCUCCUCCUGCUACGGAGAGAGACGGAGCUGGCACAGAGCAGUGAAACGGGGGUUAGCUGAAAUACCACGGAGCGGGGUGAAAAAACAGCAAUUACACCCCAAAAACAGGGAGGUUUAGGUCGCUAUUGGAGGGGAUAUUUGGGGGAAAGGUCGUCUGGGUGGCUGUUCCAGUCGAGGGGCAAUAUUUUAUCAGUGGGCAGUCGAGGAUAGCGGCGUAUUUUUCGACAACCAACUCCCCAGAUGAACUCCCUCAGAGCCACCAACAGGAGACCCAGGCGAGUAUCGAGGCCGCGCCCGGUGCAACCCGAACGAAUCAACGGGGAUAGAGAUGAGGAGGCUCCUGCGGCCGCUGCAGCAGAAAUGGCUAUCGAGGAGUCCGGCCCCGGCGCUCAGAACAGUCCCUACCAGCUUCGACGCAAGACCCUGCUUCCUAAGAGAACCACCGCUGCCUCUGCCACCGCCUCUGCCACCGCCUCUGCCUGCCCCAGCAAGGGCCUGAUGGAGGGAGCUUCCACUUCAUCAACAGAUGCCUUCGGUCAUCGAGCCAAGCGGGCACGAGUGUCCGGUAAGACCCACGACCUUCCAGCAGCCCCAGCAGAGCAGUAUCUGCAGCAGAAGCUUCCAGAUGAGGUGGUUUUGAAGAUUUUUUCCUACUUGCUGGAGCAGGACCUUUGCCAGGCGGCCUGCGUGUGCAAGAGAUUCAGCCAGCUAGCAAACGACCCCAUCCUAUGGAAACGGCUAUACAUGGAGGUUUUUGAGUACACGCGUCCCAUGAUGCAUCCUGAGCCAGGCCGGUUUUACCAGGUCAGCCCUGAGGAGCACGAGCAUCCAAACCCGUGGAAAGACAGCUUUCAGCAACUGUACAAAGGUGCACACGUAAAGCCCGGCUUUGCUGAACAUUUCUACAGUAACCCCGGCCGAUACAAAGGCAGAGAGAAUAUGCUGUAUUACGACACCAUUGAGGACGCUCUCGGCGGUGUUCAAGAAGCCCAUUUUGACGGUCUCAUCUUUGUUCAUUCUGGCAUCUAUACCGAUGAGUGGAUUUAUAUAGAGUCUCCCAUCACCAUGAUUGGUGCAGCACCUGGUAAAGUAGCAGACAAAGUCGUCAUAGAGAAUACUAGAGAUUCAACGUUUGUCUUCAUGGAGGGUUCAGAGGAUGCAUAUGUGGGAUACAUGACCAUUAAGUUUAAUCCAGAUGAUAAAUCGGCGCAGCAUCACAACGCCCACCACUGUCUGGAGAUCACAGUCAACUGCAGCCCCAACAUCGACCACUGCAUCAUCCGCUCCACAUGCACAGUGGGUUCAGCCGUGUGUGUGAGCGGACAGGGCGCCUGUCCAACCAUCAAACACUGCAACAUCAGCGACUGUGAGAACGUGGGUCUGUACAUCACAGACCACGCACAGGGCAUUUAUGAGGACAAUGAAAUCAGCAACAACGCGCUGGCGGGAAUUUGGGUGAAGAACCACGGUAACCCCAUCAUUAGGCGUAACCACAUUCAUCACGGACGAGAUGUAGGAGUGUUCACGUUCGAUCACGGCAUGGGUUACUUUGAGAACUGUAACAUCCAUAGAAAUCGCAUAGCUGGCUUUGAGGUGAAGGCGUACGCCAACCCCACGGUGGUCCGCUGCGAGAUCCACCACGGCCAAACGGGAGGCAUCUACGUCCACGAAAAGGGGCGGGGCCAAUUUAUAGAAAACAAAAUCUAUGCCAAUAACUUCGCUGGUGUUUGGAUCACGUCCAACAGCGACCCGACGAUACGUGGAAAUGCUAUAUUCAACGGUAACCAAGGUGGAGUGUACAUAUUUGGAGACGGCCGUGGGUUAAUAGAAAGUAACGACAUCUAUGGUAACGCCUUGGCUGGGAUUCAGAUCCGAACAAACAGCUGCCCCAUUGUAAGGCACAACAAAAUCCACGAUGGGCAGCAUGGAGGCAUCUACGUGCAUGAGAAAGGCCAGGGAGUGAUUGAGGAGAACGAGGUUUACAGCAACACGCUGGCUGGAGUCUGGGUGACCACAGGGAGCACUCCUGUCCUCCGCAAGAACCGCAUCCACAGCGGCAAACAGGUUGGCGUGUAUUUCUAUGACAAUGGCCACGGCGUGUUGGAAGACAAUGACAUCUACAAUCACAUGUACUCUGGUGUACAGAUAAGGACGGGAAGCAACCCAAAGAUACGGCGCAAUAAGAUCUGGGGAGGGCAGAAUGGAGGGAUUUUGGUCUACAACUCAGGGUUGGGCUUCAUCGAGGACAAUGAAAUCUUUGACAAUGCCAUGGCGGGAGUGUGGAUCAAGACAGACAGCAAUCCUACAUUGCGGAGGAAUAAGAUCCAUGACGGCAGAGAUGGAGGCAUCUGCAUCUUCAACGGAGGCCGAGGUUUGCUAGAAGAGAACGACAUCUUCAGGAACGCGCAGGCCGGCGUGCUCAUCAGCACCAACAGCCAUCCCACGCUCCGCAAGAACCGCAUUUUUGACGGCUUUGCUGCAGGUAUUGAAAUCACUAACCACGCAACGGCAACGUUGGAGGGCAACCAGAUCUUCAACAACCGCUUCGGGGGGCUUUUUCUGGCCUCAGGAGUUAAUGUCACCAUGAAAGAUAAUAAAAUUCAGAAUAAUCAGGAUGCCAUUGAGAAGGCGGUGAGCAGAGGACAGUGUCUCUACAAGAUCUCCAGCUACACCAGUUACCCCAUGCACGACUUCUAUAGGUGUCACACCUGUAAUACAACAGAUAGGAAUGCCAUCUGUGUUAACUGCAUCAAAAAGUGUCACCAAGGACACGACGUAGAGUUUAUACGACACGAUCGGUUUUUCUGCGACUGCGGCGCAGGAACGUUGUCCAACCCGUGUACGCUGGCCGGAGAGCCCACACAUGACACGGACACUCUGUACGACUCGGCGCCGCCCAUCGAGUCCAACACGCUACAACAUAACUGAAGGCGGCGGCUCGAGUUAACGCCCUCAUAUAAGCAAACAAACACAUUGCAUUACACACAGCUACACACACAGUUACACACACACUCACACACACCCAGUUCUAAACGUGCAUCCGCCUGCAGCUAUAAGGACCCAGAGAGACUCUGAGCUCAGCGCUCUCAGUGGAAGAGGCUGCAGAGGAAGCGUCAGCCGCACUCGCUGCAGCGGGUCACUAGAGGGAGCCGUGGAGCUUCCUGAAGCGAUUCUUCGCUGCAGACUGUAAACAAAGAAGACUGGGAAGGGUGGGUCGCUCUGAGGGGCUUUCAAGGUCCACCUGGUGGCACUUAAGGCAUGAAGAUCUCCACACAGCUAAUCCUCUUAUGAACCGCGGUUAAAAAGACUUCCUGCUUCCUUGCAGCUGCCAUCCCCAUUGGAUUAAAAACAAAAAAAA